AUGACUGCGAAUAAGAUUAAAAUCGCACAAGUUGUUUGUGCAUGUAUUUGGUGUCUUUUCUCAGCUGGUAUCAUCUUUGGAUUUGCAGCUUUAAAACCUGUGCUUCUACAAGAAGGUAUAUACAGUGACUUAUGCUUAAAGCAAGAUGAUCUGGAGGUUCCUGAACCAUGCACUAAACAGGAUUUGAAACUAAACUCAAUGUUUGCCAUUAGCGCGGCUGUUACCAACAUGAUGGCAUUACCGAUUGGAAACAUACUAGAUAAUUAUGGACCACGCGUAACAGGUAUCAUUGGUGCAGGUGUCUUGCUCAGUGCAGCAUUUUGCUUUAUUGGGAGCAAUAGUUUACAAAGACUAUUUGAUCCGUACAUGACUGGCUACAUACUGUUAGCAAUGGGUGGACCCUUUGUUUUUAUCUCUAGUUUCCAGCUAGCAAAUACGUUCCCUAAAAGAUCUGGUUCAAUCCUUGCUUUAUUAACUGGUGCGUUUGAUUCAUCAUCAGCACUGUUUUUAUUCUACAGGUUAUUUUACCAGAAUAUUACUGCUGUUAGUUUAAAAAGGUUCUUCACCAUAUAUUUAUGCGUGCCAGUAUUCAUAUUUCUUUGUCAAUUGACUAUCAUGCCCUCUCAAUCUUAUAAAAGUGUGGCAGCCAUGACCAAAAUGGCAGUGGAGCAUCUGGAUGAAGAGGGUCAAUUAUUGAGUGGAGAUGACGGGUCUACCCUCAUAACAGAUCCAAAUGAUAGAAGGGCACUUCUUAUAGAGUCUGAACAUGAAAUUGAGCAGAACAUGACCGAUGCCAGUGAAAUUAGAAGAAAGUCGGUGCUAGAAGUAUAUGUAGAGCACAAUCUGCAAGAAAAAUCGGGAGGUGUGUUUGGUAUCUUACAUCACUACUCUUUACGUGAGCAACUAAAGAGUCUAUGGUUUCUUCUGAUUCUAAUAUUUUCUAUUGUAACUAUGCUAAGGAUAAAUUACUUCAUUGCCACCAUUAGGUCGCAAGAGGAAUAUCUAUUGGGUGAUAUUGAAGAUGCAGCUAAGCUAAAUGGUAUUUUUGACUUAUUACUUCCUCUGGGGGGUGUUGUAUCAAUACCGUUCAUUGGAUAUUUAUUAGACAGCUUGGAUUCUUUGAGUACAUUAUCUAUUGUUUGUGCGAUGUCUUUAUUCAUCAGCAUGGUAGGACUAUUGAAAAGCUCAUACUGGCUUCACCUAAUUGGGAUAAUAGUAUUUGUAGUAUUCAGACCAUUCUACUAUACUGUAGUGUCAGAUAUCACAUCCAAGGUCUUUGGUUUUGAUAACUUUGGAACAGUAUAUGGGUUAAUGAUUUGUAUUUGUGGUAUUUGUAACAUAGGCCAAAAAUGGUUGGAUGAGCUAACACACACCUAUUUCAACAUGGACCCAACACCAGUUAAUAUGGCACUAUUUAUUGCUACCUUAAUUUCAUGCUUCAGUAUGCUAUGCUACGUUUAUAAGCAAACGGAAAAUAGAGGUCCAGAAGACAAUGAAUGUCAGGAGCAACUUUUACCAAGUGAUGGACAAUAG